AUGGACUUUGCGAUCGCGCCUGCGCACGAGCCUGCCGCCUUUGCCUACUUCUCCCUAGGCGAGUCCAAGCGCUCUUGGCGCCGAGAGUGCCUCUUGGCCGGCACGCUCGGAACUGCGGCGUCGUUCGCCAUCCUCAGUGCAGCCGUCCUCCGCAACACUGCUGGAGUUGUAUCCGACUCAGCCUGGUUGGACGCUUCGCCGGAUGCACUGGACGCUUCACCGGCGCCGUCGGAUCCCUUCCUUGGUAUGACAGACCAUCGACACACGCCACAUCCAUUCACGCUUGUCAACGACGUCGUGACUGACGGCUUCUUCCGUGUGCUGUGGCGUGAUGGACAUGGCAGGGGGCCGGCGGAGAUAUGGCUCGAAGUGAACCAGAGCGCGCUGGGCUCCGAGUUUCUCGUCUCUGCCAGUGUGUCACGCGGAGACGGACGGCACUCUUUGCUGCACGAGGACCGCACCGACGCCGAACGCACCGUCUUCAAAUUCGAGCAGUCCCCUGGAGUGGACAGCUCCCUCGACCUGAUCGCGCCGCAGUAUGAGAUUCGGCUGCCUGCGGCUGGCGGUUCGCUCUCGCAGCACACCCUCACACACGCGGCUUGGUCCGGCUACGUCGAAAGCUUUGUCGGAACAAAGGUCACUCGGUUCGUCACGAAGCCAAAUGCGUCCGACGAGCGCUCCUCCGAGGCGUGCGACGCGAUACUAUGGCGCAAUGGUUCGGAGGUUCCGGUGUCACCCCUCGGCUGCGAGCGUUACGCUGCAGAUGGGACGUCGUGGCUGAUCGACGUGACAAAAUGGCUCACCACGGGCGUCGUCACUCGGCGACUGGCCUCUGGCGAAGGGCAAAGGCGUCCACGGCUCGUGCUUGCGGAGGCCCACCCCGCCUCGGCCGUCUUUGGGCUGCAGACUCGCGAAGAAGAGCUCCGCCUUUCCUUGGCACGCCUCCCGCCGCUCGAUGGGCGAUAUACGGCGCGCGCCGCCGAUGACCGGAUUGGCUACUGGACGCUCGAGUACACCGAGGUUGGCGAGGCGCUGGGCCCGCUCACAGCGGGCUCGGCGGACAGGAAAGUCGACGUCAUACAGAGGUGGCAUCUCCAGCCGUCCGACCCUCACGUUGACGCGGCGGAAGAGCGGGCGGCGGGGCGGCUGCUCACGCCCUCGAGGCCAAUCACAUUUUACAUCGAUCCAUCGGUGCCGGAGCGGUGGAGGCGAGCGAUGAAGCGCGGCGUGGAGAACUGGCAGGCUGCGUUCGAGCAGGCUGGCUGGGCAAACGCGAUCGUGGCUGUUCUGCCUGGAGACGAGGCCUUCCCCAGUGACUACUCGGCGGCCGAUUCACGCUACGCCUCCAUCUCUUGGGCAGUCUCGCUUCAAGAAGUCUAUUCGGUCGGCACCCACACCUUUGACCCGCGGACGGGCGAGAUCAUGGACGCCGACAUAAUGUUCUCGCACUCAUGGGUCAGCGCCUGGGCCAACGAUUUCGACGCAGACGCGGCCGGAGCCCCGGCCAGGACCGGCACCGGUGCCGGUGGCAGCGACAACGGAUCACCGCACCGUCACCAUGGGAAGGUGUACGAGGAGAGCGGUGGUUACCUUCCUCAACGCUACUGGCACGGGCAAGCUGCCAGCGAACGGCUCUCCCAUCGGCUGGCCGCGGCAGAGCGGAGGAUCGAGGCGGCGUUGGGCGAGAGGCACGGAGAUCCGCGAGGCGGGCCUGGUCCGUGCGGCGUGUCGUCGGCAGCAGCAAGGCGUGAAGGGAUGGCAAACCUGCGCGCCAAACUCGAGCUCGACGGCGCGAUUCCGCCCGGAGGCCGCGUGCCAGAAGAAUACAUCGAGGCGGCGCUGGUCGACGUCACCAUGCACGAGGUGGGGCACACCCUGGGCUUGCGGCACAACUUUCGCGCCUCGGCCGCGUACUCGUUCUCGCAGCUGAGCGACCCCUCCUUCACGGGGGCACACGGCUACGCCUCCUCCGUGAUGGACUAUGUGGACGCCUUUCUGCCCUCUAGCCGCAACCUCAGCGUGAUCGGCAGCUCGACUGGAGCUGUGUACAACCCAUUCAACGGCGUUGUGGGAAUCUAUGACCGGCACGCGAUCGAGUACGGCUACGCCCCAUUGGCAGGCGAGGAGGCGGGCCGUCAGCACGCGUACCUCGCUGCCCUCGCCUCGCGCGGCGCGGCGAAUGCGGAGCUCGCCUUCUCAACCGACGAGGACGAAGCCACGGCGAGUGGUCCCGACCCACUCGUCUCGCUCUACGACCAGUCGAAUGAUCCGCUGGGCUUCUACAUCGAUCAACUCGCCCUGUCGCAACGGCUGCUGUCCGCCGCCGCAAACCGAACGGUCGGUGUGGGCGAGCCCUGGGCGGCGCUGCUUCCAUCCGUGGAGCGAUACAUGGGAGCCGCGAUGAAGGCCGGGGCGGCUGCAGCCAAAUACGUCGGCGGCUACGUCUUCUCAAAGGCGCACAAGGGCGACCCCGCAGCACCACCUCCGCUCGUGCCCGUGUCGGCAGCCGAGCAGUGGCGGGCGGUGCAGCUGCUGCUGCAGAUCCUCUCCGACGACUUUUGGGUGCCGCAGGAGGAGCUCCUCGUGCUUCCGGAGCGGCGCGGCGAGUGCCACGGGCUGGACGUCUACUGCCUCGGCCUCGGGGUGGCGAAGCUGCAGGACAAGGCGCACGAGACACGCACGCUCCUGCUGCAGACCCUGGUCAAGCCCGCUCGCCUCGCAAGCCUGCGGCAAGGAGAGCGGACCGUCGUGGGGGGGGCGGCGGUGGCCACGCGGUACCUUGGAUGGUCGGGAGGCUGCGACUGGCUGGACUUUGGCGCCGACCGCAAGUACCCUCUUUCGCUCCAUCCACACGCAACGUCAACGUCGCCGCCGUUGCACGGCGCGGCGGCCGCGAAGGCACGAUACGCGCUGGAGCGGGAGUGGGUCUCGCUACUCUCCGACCUCGCAGACGGAAGCAGCGGCGAAUCCUCUGCCGUCGCCAUCUCGCUUCUUCACGACCUGAGGGAGGCCGCCACACGCUCGGAGAGCCGGCGCAGGCAGGGACCGGAAGCGGAAACGGACGACGCUGCGGAUGCACUCGCCGCCAUUCGUCGCAUGCUGUCGCUGUGGGAACAGGGACUGCCCAUCCCAUCGUAA